AAGUUGACUUCCUCAUUGUGGAUACCUCAUGUGACAAGUUCCAGUCUCUUUUUAAAGCCAGUUCAGCUGAGGUCCCCUUGCUGCCUUUGAAAUCUUUCAAGGGUCCCUGCCAUGGGUCCGCCUGCUGCUUCUGUCAGAAUGAGCUGGCUGGUGGGAGCACUUCUGCUGUGCUCCUCUGUGAUGGCACAGCUGCAGAAAGAUCCCACGCUGGAUCACCACUGGCAUCUCUGGAAGAAAACUUAUGACAAACAAUACAAUGGACAGGAUGAAGAGCUAGCACGGCGUCUCAUUUGGGAAAAGAAUCUCAAGUUAGUGACGCUUCACAAUCUGGAGCAUUCGAUGGGAAUGCAUUCAUAUGAUCUAGGCAUGAACCACCUGGGAGACAUGACUAGUGAAGAAGUAGUGUCUUCGAUGUGUUCCCUGAGGGUUCCCAGCCAAUGGCAGAGCAACAUCACUUACAAAUUAAGCCCUAAUCGGAAAUUACCUGAGUUUGUGGACUGGAGACAGAAGGGAUGUGUUACUAACGUGAAAUAUCAGGGUGCGUGUGGUGCUUGCUGGGCUUUCAGUGCUGUGGGGGCCCUGGAAGCACAGCUGAAGCUGAAAACAGGAAAGCUGGUGUCUCUCAGUGCACAGAACCUGGUAGACUGCGCCACUAUACAAUACGGGAAUAAAGGCUGCAAUGGAGGCUUCAUGACAAGGGCUUUCCAAUACAUCAUUGAUAACAACGGCAUUGAUUCAGAAGCUUCCUACCCCUACAAAGCCACGGAUGAAAAGUGCCAGUAUAACUUGAAAAACCGUGCUGCCACAUGCUCCAAGUACACACUACUUCCUUCUGGCUAUGAAGAGGCCCUGAAAGAAGCCGUGGCCAACAAAGGGCCUGUGUCUGUUGCUAUAGAUGCGAGUCAUUCUUCUUUCUUCCUCUACAGAAGUGGUGUCUACUAUGAACCAUCCUGUACUCAGACUGUGAAUCAUGGUGUACUGGUGGUUGGCUAUGGUAACCUUAACGGGAAAGACUAUUGGCUCGUGAAAAACAGCUGGGGCCUCCCCUUCGGUGAUAAAGGAUAUAUUCGGAUGGCAAGAAAUAGUGAAAAUCACUGUGGGAUUGCCAGUUACGCCUCGUACCCGGAAAUCUAGAGGAUCUCUGCAUCAAGAAGAAUGAAGCACUUUCUAUUAACUGCUUUUAACCUGCUGUCUCCAGAAGAAGUGUAUCAUGAUCAAAGUAUAUUUACUGUGCUAAUUAGAAAAUAUAGUUUGAUUCUUCACUUUUCUAACUUCACAAAUCUCAAAUAAAAAGGUUGCUAAGUAAAUUAAUGAUUUACUACAGUUAUAACCGCAUGAAAAUUGGCCGACCUAAGACGAUCUGUCAUAUUUGUCAUUGUUCUGUUCUAUCCUCUAUCUCUUUUUAAGUCUCCUAGUGGCCUUUUGUAACUUGAUUGGCCUAAAAGUGAUUCAUAAAUCCAUUAUUUCAAAUUUC